AUGUGGGAAGAGUUCAAGAGGGCGGUGUUCGUCAAUUACUUCCCCAACACUAUGAAGCGGAAGCUACAAGAAAAGUUCCGCAAGCUGAGGCAGGGAGAUCGCUCAGUUGCGGACUACAAGCAGGAGUUCUCCCGCAUUAUCGAUUGCGUCCCGGAGGUUGUUCGUGAUGACCGAGACCGGACCGAUUGGUUCUUGCGAGGACUAAGGCCGAGGAUCUAUGAGGCGGUGCAAAUCCUCAAGCUGAUGAUCUUUGCGGAGGUCUUUGAUCGAGCUCUAUGGGCGGAGCAUGGCAGCGCCCACGCCCAAGGGGAGCGCGAAGCUAUGGCUGAGUCGCAGGACAAGGGAAAGAAGCGGGCGGUAGGUGGCACCGGGGGCCAGCCGAAUGCAAAGAAACCCCCUCGGCAUCCCCGGCAGCAGUCGAGGAGUUGGAGGCCUUCCCGUUGUGCUAUUUGCGGCGGUGACCAUCGACCGCCGGCAUGCCCAUAG